AUGAAAGCAAAAACGACGAUUGUUAUAACAAACUUGUGUGAUGAUGUUGUUGAGGUUUUAGUGGUUGAUAAUUUCAAGCCAGAGUCAAUAGAAUCCAGCAGGUCUGAAACGGUUGAAGUUAAAAGCAGGAAAGGAUCGAUUAGUAUGUCUCUAGAACACCCCAGUGCUCAGCUUUCAAAGCCAAUUGAUAAACUUGUUAGGCAGGCGAAAUCAAGACUGAGUGCAAUCUCGAACUUGACGUCGGUUGUUAGCGGACGACCAUCUGACAUCCAGCCUCAGCAACAACUCCUCCCUCAGGACAAAUUAAAGACACAACAGCUCUUUCUCACAUUCACGUGUUUGACUCAAAGCAUCUGCAUCUACGAGCGCAGGGUAAAGCAGCAUGUCAACGCCAAACUGCAGCAACUGGAUAUCAGGAAUGUUGAUAACGACCUCAUCGCUCCUCAGGAAUGGUACUCUAGUCUCAAACGUGGAACACUGGUCAUGAUCAGAGCCACUUUGCAUGCUUUUAAUUGGAAGGAGCGCCGGGUUUAUCAGCUAAACGCACACACAAUUCGUGUAAUGGAUCCAUCUAACUUGAAGACUGUCCGCGAUCAUUGGUUGUUAUCUAUUCUUCCUGGUCAGCCCAAUGCAAGAACAAUUGGUGAUGUUGCAGUGUUGCCUGCGCUUGGGACCAAUGAAAUGGACUGA